AUGAAGACCUUGUUCAAGUCUCAGGAUCUUUGGGACUUAAUUGAGAAUGGCUAUAUCGAACCAGAUGAAGAGCAAAUACAGCGACAGAAGCUUGGGGGAUCUUGUAGACAGCAUUUUAAGGAUCCUCUAAGAGUUGCUGAAAUUGUCAACAAAAUGCAGUCUUAUAGGGAGAAUAUUAAUGAUCAAAUGAUAGUUGCAAAAAUUUUAAGGAGUUUCACUCCUAAGUUUGAUUAUGUAGUGGCUACCAUAGAAGAAUCCAAAGACGUGGAAACAUUCACAUUUGAUGAAUUGAUGGGAUCAAUGCAGUCCCAUGAGGCAAGGUUGAACAGAUCACAAGAGAAUACCUAUGCUAAGGCUUUCCAUGUGAAAGGGGAGCAAGUCAUAAAAAACAUUUGGUUUCUGGAUAGUGGGUGCUCGAACCACAUGAUUAGUGUAAAGUCAUUGUUCAACGAGAUUGAUGAAACCUUCAAACAAAAAGUAACACUUGGGGACAACAAGCAGAUUCAAGUGGAAGGGAAGGCUAAUGUGGCAGUCAAAAGCAGUUCUAGUAAUGUGAAACUUCUUUAUGAUGUCUAUUACAUUCCUAGUCUGUCACAAAAUCUGUUGAGUGUAAGGCAACUCAUGGCUAUUGGAUAUUUUAUCAUGUUCGAUGAUAUCCCAUAUGUGAUCAAAGAUAAAAAAUCAGAUUAA